AUUGGCCGCGUGUUUGGCGUGGGGCGCCGCGAUUGGCCGGCCGCCGGGAGCCCCCCUCGCGCUGCGGAGGGGCGCCGUUGAUAAGGCGGAGGGGGAGGGCCGCGGCCGCGGCUGCGCCAGCGGGAUCGGCGGCGGCGGGGCCGGUUACGUGAGGGACCGGUAGGGCAGGGCCGUGCUCUUCUCUGCCACCGCGGCCCGCGUCGCCAUGAGGUCGGCCUGGGCGCUCGCUCUGGCCUGCGCGCUUCUGCUGGCCGCGUCCGUUAGCGCUGAGGAGGUGGAUGUGGAUGCAACCGUGGAGGAUGAUUUGGGUAAAAGCAGGGAAGGGUCCCGGACUGACGAUGAAGUUGUUCAGAGAGAGGAAGAAGCUAUCCAGCUGGAUGGCCUAAAUGCAUCCCAGAUCAAAGAAAUCAGAGAAAAAUCUGAAAAAUUUGCAUUUCAAGCAGAAGUUAAUAGAAUGAUGAAACUUAUCAUCAAUUCUUUAUAUAAAAAUAAAGAGAUUUUCCUGAGAGAACUUAUUUCAAAUGCUUCGGAUGCUUUAGAUAAGAUACGGUUAAUAUCCUUGACUGAUGAAAAUGCUCUUGCUGGUAAUGAGGAGCUCACUGUGAAAAUCAAGUGUGACAAAGAGAAGAACAUGCUUCAUGUUACCGAUACGGGUAUUGGCAUGACAAAAGAGGAGUUGAUUAAAAACCUGGGUACCAUUGCCAAGUCUGGUACAAGUGAAUUCUUAAACAAGAUGACUGAAAUGCAGGAUGAUAGCCAGUCAACAUCUGAGUUAAUUGGCCAGUUUGGUGUUGGCUUUUAUUCUGCUUUCUUAGUAGCAGACAGAGUUAUUGUCACAUCAAAACACAACAAUGAUACUCAGCACAUUUGGGAGUCAGAUUCAAAUGAAUUCUCUGUGAUUGAUGACCCAAGAGGAAACACUUUAGGACGCGGCACAACCAUAACCCUUGUCUUGAAGGAAGAAGCAUCUGAUUAUCUUGAGUUGGAUACUGUUAAAAACCUCGUUAAGAAAUACUCACAAUUCAUAAACUUCCCCAUAUAUGUGUGGAGCAGCAAGACAGAGACUGUUGAAGAACCUAUAGAAGAAGAGGAAGCAAAGGAGAAAGAAGAAGCAGAUGAUGAUGAAGCUGCAGUUGAAGAAGAGGAGGAGGAAAAGAAACCAAAAACGAAGAAGGUUGAAAAGACUGUCUGGGAUUGGGAGCUCAUGAAUGACAUAAAACCAAUCUGGCAGAGACCGUCUAAAGAAGUUGAAGAGGAUGAAUACAAAGCUUUUUACAAAACCUUUUCCAAGGAACAUGAUGAUCCAAUGGCUUACAUCCACUUCACUGCUGAAGGGGAAGUAACUUUCAAAUCUAUCUUGUUUGUUCCUAAUUCUGCUCCACGUGGCUUGUUUGAUGAAUAUGGAUCUAAAAAAAGUGAUUUCAUUAAGCUGUAUGUUCGAAGAGUGUUCAUCACUGAUGACUUCCACGACAUGAUGCCCAAAUAUCUUAACUUUGUUAAAGGUGUUGUGGAUUCUGAUGAUCUUCCUUUGAAUGUAUCUCGUGAAACACUUCAGCAGCAUAAAUUGUUAAAGGUGAUCAGAAAGAAACUUGUUCGUAAAACUCUUGAUAUGAUCAAGAAAAUUGCAGAAGAAAAAUACAAUGACACAUUCUGGAAAGAGUUUGGUACUAAUGUCAAGCUUGGAGUUAUUGAGGAUCACUCCAAUCGUACGCGACUGGCUAAACUUCUUCGCUUCCAGUCUUCUCAUCAUGAAAGUAACCUUACAAGCCUUGACCAGUAUGUGGAAAGAAUGAAAGAGAAACAAGACAAAAUAUAUUUCAUGGCAGGUGCCAGCAGAAAGGAGGCUGAGUCAUCGCCAUUUGUUGAACGUCUCCUGAAAAAGGGCUAUGAAGUGAUCUAUCUGACUGAACCUGUAGAUGAGUACUGUAUUCAAGCUCUGCCAGAAUUUGAUGGCAAGAGGUUUCAGAACGUAGCAAAAGAAGGAGUUAAGUUCGAAGAAAGUGAAAAAUCUAAGGAGAGUCGAGAAGCCUUGGAAAAGGAAUUUGAACCACUCUUGAACUGGAUGAAGGACAAAGCUCUGAAGGACAAGAUUGAAAAAGCUGUGCUCUCUCAACGUUUAACCCAGUCUCCAUGUGCACUUGUGGCUAGUCAGUAUGGAUGGUCUGGUAACAUGGAAAGAAUCAUGAAAGCUCAAGCUUACCAAACUGGGAAGGACAUCUCUACAAAUUACUAUGCUAGCCAAAAGAAGACAUUUGAAAUAAACCCCAGACAUCCACUGAUCAAAGACAUGCUGAGGCGAGUCAAGGAAAAUGAAGAUGACAAAACGGUUUCAGAUCUUGCAGUGGUAUUGUUUGAAACUGCAACUUUGAGAUCAGGAUACAUGUUACCAGACACCAAGGAGUACGGAGACAGAAUAGAAAGGAUGCUUCGUUUGAGUUUAAACAUUGACCUGGAUGCAAAGGUGGAGGAAGAACCUGAAGAGCCUGAAGAUGCAGCUGAGGAGGCAGAGCAAGAUGAAGAAGAGGUGGAUGCUGAUGCUGAAGAUAGUGAAACACAGAAGGAAUCCACAGAUGUGAAAGAUGAACUGUAAACUGCACUUGCCUACCAUCCUGCAUUGGGGGGCUAGGAAGGGAUGUGAAUUAGAUUUUGUUUUUUUCCACUGUAAAAGGUUGAGGGAUGGUAUGGGGGUUAAGGGCAGAGGAGAUUUUUUAAGUUGACUUUUCUAAAACAUUCCUCAUGAAUGUAAAUUUGUAUUAUUUAACUGACUUGGUGUAAAAUCUUGUCAUGUACAAAAUAAAAUGUUCCCAAACACCA